AUCAGCGGGCCUGGGGCUGCAGUAGCUGACUGAAAGCUGGGAACCUUUACCGAAGUUAGGCGAAGCCUCGAAAAUUACAACGUAAAUUUGCUGUUACCGGGUUUAAAAAAUAUAUAUAUAUAUAAACAAAGAAAGGAAGCUUUGGUAAAGUGCCCCAGUACCCCCUCAACGGAAGAGCGCCAGGAUAACAAACGUACGCUGGGAAUCAGGUGGCUUAGUGAGAGUGUGUGAGAGAGAGAGGGCAGUGUGAGGCCCUUGGUCGUCCCGGGAGGAUGAAGAGGUUCCGGCGACACGGGCAUGACUCUCAGAGGGACAGGCUCAAGCAGGAGCUCUUCCAGUUCAAUAAGACCGUGGAGCAUGGAUUUCCCCACCAGCCAAGUGCGCUGGGUUUUAGCCCCAGUCUGGAGCUCCUGGCCAUUGGUACCAGAUCUGGAGCUAUUAAACUCUAUGGAGCUCCAGGAGUUGAGUUUAUGGGACUGCACGAUGAGAAUGCUGCUGUUAUGCAGGUGCACUUUCUCCCACACCAGGUUGAAUUGGUGACAUUGCUGGAUGACAAUAGUCUACACAUGUGGACUCUCCGAGCCCAUAAAGGUGUAUCGGAGCUGCUGGAAAUAGGACGCUUCACACUCUCAGGUCCUCCUGGUGCCAUCCCUAGUGUGACCCGGGUAACGGCCGUCCUGGCCCACUCCUCGGGAGAGCUGCUUCUGCUGGGCACGGAGGGUGGCCACGUGUUUGUGGUGGAAGUGCCUGGCUUCAGGGAGCUGGAGGAGAACAACAUCAGCGUGGAGGACGUCCAGAGCAGAGUUCCUGAGGAAUAUGUGGGCCGUAGAAACCUGGAGUGUGUGGAGGCUCUACAGGAAAACCCUCUAAAUCCACGGCAGGUGUUGAUUGGCUACAGUCGAGGCCUCAUGGUCCUGUGGGACCUUGAUCGCCGUUGUGCCAUUCAGCACUUCCUAGGCAUGCAGCAGCUGGAGAGUGUGUGGUGGAUGGAAGAUGGAGGAAACAUUCUCAGUUCCCAUAGCGAUGGCAGCUACUGCCACUGGACAGUGACGGGAGAGGACCCACAGACUGAGCCCGACAAACAAGAGACUCCAUAUGGCUCCUUCCCAUGCAAGGCUAUUUCUAAAAUUCUCCAGGUUUCAACAAGGCAAGGCCCCCCCUUUCUCAUCUUCAACGGUGGCAUGCCAAGAGCCAGCUACGGAGACCGCCACUGCAUCUCUGUCGUCCACAGCAAAGCGCACGUAGCGCUGGACUUUACCUCCCGUAUCAUCGACUUCUUUGUUAUCAGAGAGGGAGAGCACCACAAAGGGGAUCCAAGUGCCCUGAUGGUGCUGGCAGAAGAGGAGCUGGUGGUAGUGGAUCUGCAGAACGAGGGCUGGCCCGUCUUCCACACGCCCUACCUGGUGCCAUUGCACUGCUCAGCCAUCACCUGCUCUCACCAUGUCUCUGCCAUCCCUCUCAAGCUGUGGGAGAGAGUUCAGGCUGCUGGCAAACUGCAGAACACGCACUACUCGAGAAGGCCUUGGCCAAUAAAUGGAGGGCAGAACCUUGCCCCAGACCCUCCCCAGAGAGACCUGUUGCUAACUGGCCAUGAAGAUGGAACGGUACGUUUCUGGGAUGCUUCGGGUGUCUGCCUCUACCCUAUGUACAAGCUGAGCACGGCUGCAGUCUUUCACACCGACACUGACCCCAAUGACAACAUGAACCAGAACACCGAGGGCGAGUGGCCCCCCUUCCGCAAGGUGGGCUGCUUUGACCCAUAUAGUGAUGACCCUCGCCUCGGCAUCCAGAAAAUUCAUUUGUGUAAAUAUAGCGGUUACCUGGCUGUAGCAGGAACUGCAGGGCAGAUCCUGAUGCUGGAGAUGAACGACGAACUGGCUUGUCAGACGGUGGAGUCCACCGUGGUGGACCUGCUGCAGGGCCAAGAGGGCUUCCGUUGGAAGGGCCAGGCACGGCUGGACCUCCGCCAGGAGCCUGUCAACUUCCCCCCGGGGUUCCAGCCCUUCACCCUGGUGCAGUGCCAGCCGCCUGCAGUGGUCACGGCGAUCGCCCUGCACUCCGAGUGGAAGCUGGUGGCCUUCGGGACCAGCCAUGGCUUUGGCGUGUAUGACUACCAACAGAAGAGCAACGUGCUAGUCAAGUGCACUCUGAACCCCAGUGACCAGGUGGCCCUGGAGGGCCCACUGUCCCGAGUGAAGUCCAUCAAGAAGUCCCUGCGCCAGUCCUUCCGCCGAAUCCGCCGUAGUCGAGUCUCCAUGCACAAGCAUCACCCCAACAAUGCAGCCAAGCUACAGGAGAUAAAUGCACGGCUAGAGGCAGAGGCUCUGCAUGAAAUGGAGCUGGCACCAGUGCAGAGGAAGAUUGAAGCUCGCUCUGCUGAUGACUCCUUCACUGGCCUUGUCAGAACACUCUACUUUGCUGACACUUUCCUCAAUGACAGCUAUCAUAACACACCUGCCCUGUGGGCAGGGACCAAUGGGGGUGCCAUCUUUGCCUACAUGCUUCGCCUCCCUCCUGUAGAAAGAAGAAUGGAUGACCAAGUAAUGGCUUAUCCAGUUAAAGAGAUCCAGUUGAUGCAUCGUGCCCCAGUUGUAGGCUUGGUGGUGUUGGAUGGGAGGGGAGCACCGUUGCCAGAGCCGCUGGAGGUGGCACAUGACCUCUCACGCAGCCCUGAGAUGCAGGGUUACCACCAGCUGCUCGUCAUCUCAGAGGAGCAGUUAAAGCUGUUCACAUUGCCUAAGGUGAGCAGUAAGGCAAAGCUUAAACUGACAGCUGUUGAUGGUUCCCGGGUGCGUCGAGUGGGUGUUGCCUGGUUUGGCAGCAGUCGGGUGGAGGACUAUGCAGAGAGUGGCUUGGUGGUGUUGACCAAUCAAGGGGAUCUGCAUGUCAUCUCCUUGCCGUCAAUCAAAAUGCAAGUGCACUACCCCUGCAUUCGAAAAGAGGAUGUCAGUGGGGAUCGCCUCUUGUGUCUUCACCAAACUGGCCAAGGGUUCUACCUGAUCUCUCCAUCUGAGUUUGAGCGUUUUUCUUUGUCUGCGCGCUGGGUAGUGGAACCUCGAUGUCUGGUAGAGGCGCCCUCCCAAUCCAGGCCCACCUCACCCUCAAGCCAGCCUUACCGAGACCAGCUCGAUGGCGCAUCCACGCAACACAGAAACUUUACAAGGAACAGUGAAAACUGUGAGAAAUCAGCUAGACAAGUAAUGGAGCAUGCUUUGCUGAAUGAUGAGAAGGUGCUUCAGGAGAUCCAGAAGUCACUAGAAAGUGAUCAGAUGAUGUUUCUGGAGAACAGUCUGAAGACUAAGCCAAAACCAGGCAGGGUGCUGAGUAAUGGAGAUUGAUAUAGAUUGAUUCUCGUAAUCCCAGUGCCUCAAAUGCCUACUCCGGCCUUGAAGACCUGAACACUACUGCUAGUAUCACUACUGAACCAUAUGAAGCCCGUGUGGGAGAAAUGGGAGUGAGAGCAAGAGGGACCACCGCUUGUGCCUACCAAGACCAACCACUGUAUCUCCAUCGAUCCCAUAUACAGACACCACCACCAACCUCUACCUUUCAGCUUGUGCCCUGCCUUAAUGUGGGGCAGCAGCUACACCAUUCAAAAGCUCAAGGUUGAGGCGAGGGCAAUGUUUUCUAUGGUUAGUUUUAAAAUGUCUUUUUAAUUUAACUUUUACACAUGAUUUUGUAUAUGUGAUUGAAGACUCAAAUCUUAAUAGAUGGUGUGUCUCACAAGCGAAAAGAUACCAACAGUUAUUGGACAUAAAUUGGAGUAUGAUGAUAAGACGGUUUUAGGAUUUGUACUAAAACGUGCUAAAGCCAUAAGUGCUGAUGAACCACAUGUAUAUGGAAAAAAAAACUUUGAGUACUCUAAAAAUAUACCUUUUUUUUCACCUGGAAAGAGGGGAAAGAAAGGUAUAUAAUUACAUUUGUUGUAGGUACUUUUCACUACUGUGUAGCACACAUGCUGUAAUUCCUAAGGGGUGCAACUUUCUAAGGGGUUUGGUUUUUAAUCUUUUUAUAAUGUCAGCUUUUUAUGCCAGUUAUGCAUAUUGUAAUUUAGGAAUGUAAUUUUAAGAUAUUGUAGUAAAAUGUUUAAUAUAUAUGUAUAUGAAAAUCUGUAACUGUUUAAUGGUGUUAUUUUCCAAUCCAAGGAUUUAUUUUGGUACUGUCUUUUUGAAUGCUUUCAGCAUUUCUGGGGUCUAGAAUAUAUUUUUGUAGUUAAUUGAUCAUGUACAAGAACACUAUGAUUUGUAAUUUGACACUACUAUUAAGUAAAAAUUUUCAAAUCUUCCCCA